CCGAAAGGUCCAAGAUUACCACUAUACUUGUUCACUUCGACAUCUCUCUUUUCAUAAAAAUGGGUUCCUCUCUUUUUCGAGGAAAAAAAAACAAAACAAUGGGUUCCUCUUCUACUUCCGUGCCCUCGCUGAUGAAAGACGAAGAGCCGAGAAACUGGGCGGAGCUUCCAUCUGACUUGACGUCUUCGAUCAUGCUACGGCUUGGCGUCAUUGAGAUACUGGAAAACGCUCAAAAAGUGUGCACAUCGUGGCGUCGCGUCAGUAAAACCCCCUCGAUGUGGCGGAAGAUUGACAUGCACAACCUUGGAGACAUGCGAAGCAGCAUGAAGUAUGACUUUGAGAUCAUGUGUCGUCACGCAGUUGACCGUAGCCAAGGUGGUUUGGUUGAGAUCGAUAUUUGGUACUUCGGUACUGAUAAUCUCCUCAAUUACAUCGCCGAUAGAGCAAGUAAUCUGAGAAGCCUUAGAGUUGCAAACUGCAGUCAAAUAACAUCUGAGGGGAUUGCGAAAGCAGUUGUGAAACUUCCAUUGCUUGAAGACCUCAAUGUUUCAUACUGCGCAUUGUCAGGACAGUUUCUGAGAGCUGUAGGCCAGUCUUGUCCAAAUCUGAAGACAUUGAAGUAUAACCGCAUAGUCGAGUCUUUUGCUGAUGAGCCUAAUAAUAAUGCCAUAGCAAUUGCAGAAAGCAUGCCCCAGCUACGCCACCUCCAGCUUUUUGCCAAUGCACUAAACAGCACGGGCUUGAAAGCCAUUCUUGACCGGUGUACCUACCUGGAACACCUAGAUUUACGCAGGUGUUUAAACAUCGAUCUUUCCAAGGAUCUCAGGAAACGUUUAGAGAGGAUCAGAGUUGUGAGAUACACCUAUGACUCAAUUGGUGAUUUCCCAUAUCAUAUCACAAUGUCUCUCGAUUGUGAAGAUUCUAAUUUAAUUUAUGACUUCCAUGAUGUCCUCUAUGAAUUCCCUUGUCAUAGUGCUAGUGGCAAUGCAUAGAGAGGUGGUUUUUUGCUGGUCUUGUCAAGUUUAUUGGGGUGUCGCUAUGACUUAUUGAGUAUGGACUCGUUCUUUUUUUUUCUCUCUAUUUUGGGUCAACAAAUUAUGAUGAACUCGUUCAUGUGCUA